GCGCUGCUCAGCUCCCCUGCCCGACCCGCGCCCUGAAGCAGAAAGUUCGGGGGCCGGGGGCCACCCGCCUCCCCCUCCCGCUGCCAUGACCGCCCAAGGACUCCCGCCGGCCAGCCUCCGCUGUGCUCCGCGCUCCAGGUCGUCGGGAACUAUUCCAAGCUGUAACCAAGGCUCCCCUCCUCGGUCCUCCCUCCCUCUCCUUUAAAGAUUUAUUUCUCGAUCCAAGAAAUUGUAUUCCGUCGACUCCUUCCCUCGUUGGUCAUUUAGACCCUGGGCCUCGUGUCUGAGCGUAAGAGGGGGUGCGGUCUCCCCCCAAGACGGCUCCCCGGAAGGACAGAUUCCCCGGGCCGACCCACAUACAGCAUGAAGAGGUGCAAAUCGGACGAGCUGCAGCAACAGCAGGGAGAGGAGGAUGGAGCGGGGCUGGAAGAUGCCGUUUGCCACCUGCCCGGCGCGGACCCCCGGCCCGGGCUGGCCAUCGCUGCGUCGGCGCCCAACCCGGGACCCCGAAGCAAGCCUCCCGACUUAAAGAAAACCCAGCAGCUCUCGGAGGGCUCCAUGUUCAGCCACGGCCUGAAGCACCUGUUCCACAGCCGCCGCCGGUCACGAGAGAGGGAGCACCAGGCGUCUCAGGAUUGCCAGCAGCCGCCACAGCAGCAGCAGCAGGGCGUGUCUGACCAUGACUCCCCGGAUGAGAAGGAGCGUUCCCCUGAGAUGCAUCGGGUCUCCUAUGCCAUGUCCCUGCACGACCUGCCCGCCCGGCCCACCGCCUUCAACCGUGUGCUCCAGCAGAUCCGCUCCCGGCCCUCCAUCAAGCGGGGUGCCAGCUUGCACAGCGGCAGCGGGGGCAGCAGCGGGGGCAGCAGCCGGCGUACCAAGAGCAGCUCCCUGGAGCCCCAGCGUGGCAGCCCCCACCUGCUGCGCAAGGCCCCCCAGGACAGCAGCCUGGCCGCCAUCCUGCACCAGCACCAGUGCCGGCCCCGUUCCUCUUCCACCACUGACACGGCCUUGCUGCUGGCGGAUGGUGGCAAUGUGUACCUCUUGGCCGAGGAGGCCGAGGGCAUCGGGGACAAGGUUGACAAGGGGGACCUCGUGGGCCUGAGCCUCUCCAGCGGCCCCGGCCAUGGUGACACCGACGGCCCCAUCAGCCUGGACGUGCCGGACGGGGCCCCCGACCCUCAUCGGACCAAGGCCGCCAUCGAGCACCUGCACCAGAAGAUCCUGAAGAUCACGGAGCAGAUCAAGAUCGAGCAGGAGGCGCGGGACGACAACGUGGCGGAGUACCUCAAGCUGGCCAACAACGCGGACAAGCAGCAGGUGUCGCGCAUCAAGCAGGUGUUCGAGAAGAAGAACCAGAAGUCCGCCCAGACCAUCGCGCAGCUGCACAAGAAGCUGGAGCACUACCGCCGGCGCCUGCGGGAGAUCGAGCAGAACGGGCCCUCGCGGCAGCCCAAGGACGUGCUGCGGGACAUGCAGCAGGGGCUGAAGGACGUGGGCGCCAACGUGCGCGCGGGCAUCAGCGGCUUCGGGGGCGGGGGGGUGGAGGGCGUCAGGGGCAGCCUCUCGGGCCUCUCGCAGGCCACCCACACUGCCGUGGUGUCCAAGCCCCGGGAGUUCGCCAGCCUGAUCCGCAACAAGUUUGGCAGCGCCGACAACAUCGCCCACCUGAAGGACCCCCUCGAGGACGGGCCGCCCGAGGAGGCGGCCCGGACGCUGAGUGGCAGCGCCACGCUCGUGUCCAGCCCCAAGUACGGCAGCGACGACGAGUGUUCCAGCGCCAGCGCCAGCUCAGCCGGGGUUGGCAGCAACUCCGGGGCCGGGCCCACCGGGGUGCUGGGGAGCCCCAAGUCGAACACACUGUAUGGGGUGCCCGGAAACCUGGAUGCUCUGGUGGAUGAGCUGCGGGAGAUCAAGGAGGGACAGACGCACCUGGAGGACUCAAUGGAGGACCUGAAGUCUCAGCUGCAGAGGGACUACACCUACAUGACCCAGUGCCUGCAGGAGGAGCGCUACAGGUACGAGCGGCUGGAGGAGCAACUCAAUGACCUGACCGAGCUUCACCAGAAUGAGAUGAGCAACCUGAAGCAGGAGCUGGCCAGCAUGGAGGAGAAGGUGGCCUACCAGUCCUAUGAGAGGGCUCGGGACAUCCAGGAGGCUGUGGAGUCCUGCCUGACCCGGGUCACCAAGCUGGAGCUGCAGCAGCAGCAGCAGCAGGUGGUGCAGCUGGAGGGCGUGGAGAAUGCCAACGCAAGGGCGCUGCUGGGCAAGUUCAUCAACGUGAUCCUGGCGCUCAUGGCCGUGCUGCUGGUGUUCGUGUCCACCAUCGCCAACUUCAUCACGCCCCUCAUGAAGACGCGCCUGCGCAUCACCAGCACUGCCCUCCUGGUCCUCAUGCUCUUCCUCCUCUGGAAGCACUGGGACUCCCUCACCUACCUCCUGGAGCACGUGCUGCUGCCCAGCUGAGUGGCCGGCUGGUCCCCACCCCGUGCUCCCCUGGCCCCCAUCUGGCCCUGGCUCUCCAGGAGGGAUCUUGGGACUCCCCACGCCCUUGGACUUUUUCAUGUGUCUGGUUUGGCCUCCUGACCAAACUGUUCAUUCCAGCAGCUCCUGCCCCUUCUCUGUUCUUGCUUCUGUCUGUCACCUUCUCCCUGUUGGCUAGAGGGGGACCUCCAGAGCAGCCCUGGCUGGAGGGGGUGGGGGCAUCUGUGUCAGAUGGAGCGGAGGAGGACACCGGCAGGGACUGUUUCGAUUGCUUACAUUUGCACAAGGAUGUCUCCCAGCUGACUGGGAUGCAGCCAGGCAGGAAGGCCCGUGAACAUAGGAGCAGGAGAGGGCCGUGCCUCAGCUUCCCCAGGAGCCCACCUGGUGGCCAUCGCUGCUCCCUCUGAGGCUUUGCUGGCCUGAGAGAGAGGGAGGGCCUUCCCAGCCUUGGGCACCUGCUGGGCUGGGCCAGAGAGAAGGUUCGGCCCACCCCUCCGUCCUCCAGAGCUGGUUUGAGGCUGGGCUCUGGGCUGGCCCUUUUGGGAGCUGGAGGAUGCAGGCCCUGGAGGCCUGGUGGGUGUGACUUUGGACUGGAGUUUUCCCUGUUCUUCUUUCUGCCUGUCACUGGAUCUGCUUUUUCAGGGAAACAGGCCCCAGGGGCCCUGAGCCUCAGCCUAAGCCCUUAGGCCCCCGGGGGCGCGCUGGGCUCUAUUUAUUUAUUUAUUUGUUCAUCUGUCCCUGAUGCCUACAGAGCUGAAGCCAGGGCUUAUUCUUGGCUGUCAGGCACUUCCAUACCAUUUAGCCUCUGGAUCAUCCUGGCCGGGGGAAGCGGGCAUCGCCACCCAGCCCCUCUCCCAAGCAGCCUUUCGAGCCAGGACAGGAGGAGCGAAGCUUCUCUUUUAUGUGUCUAUUUAUUUUGUGUGUGUGUACUUGUGUGGAGGAGGUUGUUUGUGGCUUUAUUUUUUUAAGGCUCUGGAGUGUUGUGUAUGGUUUCUCUUCACAUCCCAGCCUCUCUGUGAGCACUUCCAGGAAGAGAGGAGAUUUCUCAGAAAAGGAGAGAGAAAUCCCCUAGAACGGGAGGGCAGUGGCUGCCAGCUGUGGACCGUAGGAGAAAUAAAUAGCCUCUAAAUUUUCA